AUGAAUUCCUUCCCCGAAGACAAGCCGGACUGGAACAACCUAGCCGUUCUCCAUCGCAAUGUGCUACCAGCAAGGGCGUCGUUCUUUAAUUAUUCAUCGGUCGCCAAGGCGCUGACCUACGACGAGAGCGCAGCUGAAAAAAUCAGCUUGAACGGAGCGUGGAAAUUCCACCAUGCAGCCUGCCCUUUUGAGGCGCCGGACGAGUUUAUCUCGCCUUCGUUCGACUCGUCGCAGUGGGAUGAUAUCCCCGUGCCUUCGUCGUGGCAGCUCGAGGGGUUUGGGGGUCCGCAGUAUUUGAACUCGAGUUAUGGGAUUCCGGUUGAUCAGCCGAAUGUCCCCUUUGAAGACAACCAGACCGGAAGCUAUGUCCGACGAUUCACGAUUCCGUCCGUGUUUCAGGAUAGCCAGUUACGUUUACGGUUCGAGGGCGUGGACUCGGCCUUUCACUGCUGGAUAAAUGGUACCGAGGUCGGAUAUUCUCAGGGCGCAAGGAAUCCCUCCGAGUUUGACGUGACGCACCUCGUCCGCGUCGACGAAGGGAACACACUCUGCGUUCGGGUCUAUCAGUACUGCGAUGGGUCUUAUAUUGAGGAUCAAGACCAAUGGCGACUCUCGGGCAUAUUCCGUGAUGUCAAUCUACUGGCGUUCCCGAAGAGCCAUAUCCAAGACUUUCAUGUCCGUACGACGUUUGACGACCAGUACGUUGAUGCGGACCUCUCGGUUAGCGUUGAACUCUCCGGGUGCAAUGACAGCGAACUGUCAAUCGAACUAUUCGACGCGACGAAGACGGCCAUCGUAGCCCAGCACACUGAAUCUAUAGACCCUCACACGCACAGCCGAACGAUUUCGAUCCCCGUGCCGGCCCCAAAGCACUGGACCGCCGAAACGCCGAAUCUAUACCACCUCGUCCUCCGAUUCGGAUCGCAGGUGAUUGCACAGCGCGUAGGCUUCCGGCAAGUCGAGAUCAAGGACGGAAUCAUCCGGGUGAACGGGAAACGGGUCGUUUUCAAAGGCGCGAAUCGCCACGAGCACCACCCGCGCACGGGACGCACGGUCCCCUACGACUUCCUCCGCCGCGAUCUGCUCAUGAUGAAGCGGAAUCACUUCAACGCGCUCCGCAACUGCCAUCAACCGAGUGAUCCGAGGCUUUAUGGCCUCGCGGACGAGUUGGGCCUGUGGGUGAUGGACGAGGCGGAUCUGGAAUGUCAUGGCUACGACACGGUGGAGGCGCGGAAGCUGUCGCGGACGGAGCGGCUUUUGACUCCGAGGGAACAGCACGAUCUCGCAUUCAGUCGGGCGGGCUCCUGGAUCUCGGAUAACCUCGACUGGGAAGAGGCGUACCUCGACCGUGCGCAGCAGCUGGUUUGCCGGGACAAGAACCAUCCGUGCGUGGUAAUCUGGUCGCUUGGGAAUGAAGCGUUUCAGGGAAGAAACUUCCAGCGGAUGUAUGACUGGGUUAAAUCGUACGAUCCCACGCGGCCGAUUCACUACGAGGCAGACAUCAACGCACGAAUUGUCGAUAUUGUCUCGACCAUGUACCCGCCCCUCGACGAGGUCAAGGCCUUUGCGGAGAACUGGGAUGGAAAGAAACCUCUGGUGCUGGUUGAGUUUCUCCAUGCGAUGGGCAACGGUCCGGGGAAUAUCAAAGAGUACUUUGAUUUGUUCUAUGAGUAUCCGUGUCUUCAGGGAGGUUGGGUGUGGGAGUGGGCAAACCACGGUCUCCUGACACUGUAUGGCGAGGGCAAGGAGUACUAUGGGUACGGGGGUGACUUUGGUGAAACACACCAUGAUGGACAUUUUAUCAUGGAUGGGCUAUUGUCUUCGACUCACCAACCGAGACCAGGUCUCCUCGAGUAUCGCAAGGGAGCUGAGCCCGUACAAUGCAUACCCGAGGCCUCUUCAGUUCACUCUGUACGCAUCGUCAACCGGUAUGACUUUCGCGAUCUCAGUCACCUGAAGUGUACUUGUCAGAUUGUGGGCGAUGGCUUCCACGUAGAGGGGCGUGAAAUCGCUCUUCCUACUGUCCUUCCCGGUCAAACCAUUGAUUUGGCCAUCCCGGCGCUCCCACUUGACGACCUCCCCAAGGGAAAGGCCGCGUUCCUCGAGCUCAACUUUACCUUGAAAGAGAACGAUAUUUGGUCCCAGAGUACAAGUGGUGAAGAAGUGGCGUGGCUGCAGGUCCCCAUCACACAGGCCGAAGAUCAGCUAGACCCUUCAGAGCCGUUUACUGAUAGUACCACUUGCCCGAUCCAAAUCACCAAGAUAUCACCAACCCUUCUGGAUAUCCAGGCCACCGACAUCAACACCACCACAAAGUGGACAUUCGAUCUCGCCCGCGGCCAACUCGCUUCUUGGACCGCUGGCACCAGCAAGGUUCUACACACCGGACCCACACUAACCCUCUGGAGAGCCCCAACCGACAACGAUGUGAGCGUCGGCAAAGACUGGGCAGAGAAGGAAGUGAAACACGCCCGUCCAUACACGCGUCACGUCUCCUGGACAGUCGACGCCAAGGCCAAACGCGCAGUCAUCCAUUGUACGCAGCGCGUCGCGCCAAUCGCACUCGAGUGGGCGAUCAACACCACCAUAACCUACACAUUCAGCAGCACCGACUCGGUCCUCAUUGAAGUGGUCGGAACCCCAAAGGGCGCGAACCUUCCGCAAACUCUUCCCCGACUAGGUCUAACUCUUAUCCUGCCGCCCGAGUUCACCCGGGCAACCUGGUUCGGUCGUGGGCCCGGGGAAAGCUACCGAGACAAGAAACACGCGCAGCGAUUCGGAACGUACUCAUCUGAUGUGGCCGAUUUAUCGAUCGACUACGAGUACCCGCAGGAGUCGGGCAAUCGGACCAACACGCGGUGGGUGCGGUUCCAUCAAGCCGUCGCCGACGGCAGCAGCAGCAGCAGCAGCAGCAUACGAGGGCAAACUCUCGAAGCCCAAUUCCUCGAUCGGCCCGACGGGUUCGAUUUCCAGGCUUCGCACUACGACGCACGCGAUGUCGAGUCCGCGAAGCAUAUCUACGAACUUGAAAAGUUUCGUCGUGAGGAGGUGAUUGUGCGGUUGGAUGCGGAUCACCAUGGGUUGGGAAGUGAGAGCUGUGGCCCUGCUGCACUAUCCGAAUACACGCUCAGUUUACGGCCGUUUAAGUUUUCUGUUUUGCUCAGAUCGUCAUAG